AUGGCCCGCCGGAUGUGGGGGGCCUGCAUCCUCUGUGUGCUGAGCUCAUUACCAAUCGCCCUGGGCCACAUGCCCCCAGCAUGUGACUUCGUUACCCAGUUGAGCGAGGAUGAGCGUGCAUGUCUACAAGCCUCGGAGGGCAUGCCCAACACCACCCUGGGCUGCCCUAGGACCUGGGAUGGGCUGCUGUGUUGGCCGCCCACCGGCUCUAGCGAGUGGGUCACACUCCCCUGCCCGGAUUUCUUUUCUCACUUCAGCUCAGAGUCAGGGACUGUGAAGCGGGACUGUACGAUCAUGGGCUGGUCUGAGCCCUUCCCACCUUAUCCUGUGGCUUGCCCUGUGCCCCUGGAGGUGCUGGCUGAGGAGAAAUCUUACUUCUCCACGGUGAAGAUCAUCUAUACCACGGGCCAUAGCAUCUCUGUUGCAGCCCUCUUCAUGGCCAUCACCAUCCUGAUUACUCUCAGGAGGCUCCAUUGCUCCCGGAAUUACAUCCACACCCAACUGUUUGCCACCUUCAUCCUCAAGGCGGGGGCCGUGUUCCUGAAGGACGCCACCCUCUUCCAUGGUGACGACAUGGAUCACUGCAGCUUCUCUACUUCUCUCUGCAAGGUCUCCGUGGCUAUCUCCCAUUUCGCCACCAUGACCAACUUCAGCUGGCUGUCGGCAGAAGCCAUCUACCUGACCUGCCUCCUGGCCUCCACUUCCCUCAGCUCGAGGAGAACCUUCUGGUGGCUGGUUACUGCCGCCUGGGGGCUGCCUGUGUUCUUCACUGGCACGUGGGUGGUCUGCAAGCUGGCCUUCGAGGAUCUCGCGUGCUGGGACCUGGAUGACAGGUCCCCCUACUGGUGGAUCAUCAAAGGGCCCAUCGUCCUCUCCGUGGGGGUGAACUUUGGACUUUUUCUCAAUAUUAUCCGUAUCCUGCUGAGGAAGCUGGAGCCGGCUCAGGGCAGCCUCCACACCCAGUCCCAGUACUGGCGUCUCUCCAAGUCAACACUCUUCCUCAUCCCACUGUUUGGAAGCCACUACAUCAUCUUCAACUUCCUGCCUGACAAUGCCGGCCUGGGCAUCCGCCUCCCGCUGGAGCUGGGGCUGGGCUCCUUCCAGGGUUUCCUUGUGGCCAUCCUCUACUGCUUUCUCAACCAAGAGGUGAGGACUGAGAUCUCGCGGAAGUGGCAUGGCCAUGACCCCGAGCUUCUGCCAGCCCGGAGAACCCGCACUAAGUGGACCAUGCCUUCCUGCUCGAGGGCAAAGGCGCUGACGUCCAUGUGCUAG